UAUGUUCUACCCGUGCUGCUCCUGGAAUUCCUCGCGGUUGCCUUGACCCGAGCAGUGCUACCUUCGCUCCUCCUCCAACAGUACGGUUCUUCCGUGUACCUGGUGAUGGGCAUCGCCGAUUGCGUGCGCGGUCUUUUGGCCUUUUGUGCCUGUCCAAUAUUCGGCAAGCUUUCGGACUUGAUUGGACGAAGAAUAUGCCUAUUUGUGACGGUAAUGGGAACGUGUGCCCCACAACGCGAUGCCGUGCACCCGUACGCCGUAACCGUAUUCAUUGUAUUGCUGUCGCUUUCCGGGAUCUUCUCGUCCACCUUUACUCUCGUCUUUGCCUACAUAUCCGAUACCGUCCGACAGCAAGACGAACGCGUGUCAGCGUACGGACUCGCGCUCGCCACCUUUGGCCUCAGCUUUACAAUCGGACCCAUGGCGGGCGGCUACUUGGCACAAACCAACAAGCAGUACGUCUUUCUUUCGUCUCUUAUUCUCACUAUUGUGGACCUUGCCUAUAUCUAUUUUAUCCUUCCCGAAUCACGGAUACAGCAAGACGGUUCCACCUUCGACUCUCUUAACAAAAGCAGCAUCUCACUCAUGACUCUGGAUCACAACUUUUCCUGGAAUCCCUGGGACACUCUCAAACUCAUCACGGCUGAUCCAUUUCUGCGCAAGGUCGGCCAAGUUGCCUUUCUUUACUAUACCGGACUCUGGGCGCUCAUCAGUACGCUGUCGGUGUAUGCCGUCCGGCGUUUCCAUUUGAACCCGGAACGACUCGGCGAACUCAUGUCAGCGUUGGGGCUGUGCACGAUGGUUGCGGAGGCCGUCUUGGUUCGUGUCAUGGUUCCGCUUUUAGGGGAGAAGAAAGCCACGAAAGUUGGUCUUGUUUCAUUCGCACUGCAGUGUGUUGUGUUGGGGUUUGCCUAUGAGGGAUGGCAUCUGUUUGUCUGCGCAGGCUUUUCCCUGCUCGGUAAUUUAGUGUACCCCAGUUUGACGUCGCUUGUCAGUGGCAGCGUUGAACCCGAUGCUGUGGGAGAAGCACUCGGAGCCGUCAACGGAAUAAAAGCGUUAACCGAAGGCAUUGGCCCUUUGGUGUUCGGAAGUCUCAUG